GGUUUCCAUCCCAUCUAGUUCGCUAGCGUGAAGAGCUCCCGCCUUGGCACCCCCUCGGAGACACGGGGAUCAGGAGGUCGUUGCGUGAGAUCCCAUUUCCCAGACGAGCACGCCGAGACUCGGGCACGAUGGACUUCCCCAGCCCCCUGCACCCCGCACUGUUUAUGAGCGGCCCCCUGGGUCUGAGCAGCAUCCCUGACCUGUCCUUCAUGUGCAGCUGGAGGGAUGCGCUGACACUGCCUGAGUCCCUGCCCAUGAGCAGAGCUGAGAACACGGCAGCCAAGCCCUCGGCCCAGGACCUGUGGUGGGAGCCAGACACCCCGGGGCCCUUUCCCCUGCUGCCACCUGGUCCCGAGCCCUGGGACCCUGGGCUGACCGCGCAGGACCUGCUUUUCCGGGGAGGUCAUCAUUUCUACAGUCGGCCCCGCGCCACGCUGGAUGUUACCGAGCAGCUCAGCCACUUCUUGUGGGACCAUGGAGAUGUCGCCUUUGGGUCCCUAGGGACCCUGAUGCAGGAGAACUUCAAACUGGAGGGCACACGGAGCCGCUCUAAGAAGAAGACGGUGGUCAGUGUGAAGAGGCUGCUUCAGGACCUUGGUGGACACCAGCCCUGGGGGUGUCCCUGGGCAUCCCUCAGCCGGCGGCAGCGCCGUUUCUCCAUCCUUGGUGGUCCUGUCCUGGGCAGGUCGGUGGCCAGCCUCGUGGGGGAGCUGCUGCAGGAGGAGCUAGCAGGGCGCUGGGGACAGAUACUCCUGGACGAUGCUAUCACUGGGGGCGCCCUGGCCUGGCUGCCCGGGAGCACAGCCCUGGCGGGGCAGCUGGUCUACCCAACCGGGGUUGCCCUGGACAAACUGUGCUUCCAAAAGGUCAGUCUGACCUCAGAUGGCCACCCGAGGGUCUUUGGGGACCCUGGCCACAUCCAGCUCCGAGGCUCUGUCCGGCAGGUGGUGACUCAGACUGUCCAGGGAGAAGCUCUGCUGGCGGUCCGCUCCGACUACCACUGUGCCCUGUGGAAGGUGAGCAGGCAAGGCCAGCCCUCCCCACUGCAGGUGCUGCAGGUGCAGAAGGGAACCACUGGCAUCAGCCUCAGCCCGCAUCUGCCUGGGGAGCUGGCUGUCUGCAGCCGUUCAGGCACCAUCUGCCUGUGGACCCCCCAGAAUGGGCUGCAGCAAGUCUACAAGGACCCUGAGACCAUGGUGUUCCGGGACCACUCCACCUGGCGCUGGGCUGACUUCACGGCCCACCCCCGGGUGCUAACUGUUGGUGAUCGCACAGGCGUGAGAAUGAUCGACACUCAGGGCCCCCCGGGCUGUGGCCUGCUGCUUUUCCGAGGGGGUGCUGAGGCCUCGUGCCAGAAAGGAGAGCGCGUCCUGCUGGCCCAGUACCUGAAGGAGUGCAGCCCAGCCUCUCUGAACCCCACUCUCCAUCUUAUCUGUACGCAGUUCUCACUCUACCUGUUGGAUGAACGCCUCCCCCUGGUGCCCCUGCUGAAGUGGGACCACGGCCUGCCCUCCGCACCCCUGGUGGCCCAGCUGCUGCCCGUGCCCCGCCCUGGCGACCCUCGGCCCCUACUCCUGGGGGGUCAGGGCGGCCAGCUCCAGCUGCUUCACCUCUCAGGAGACGGGUCUUCGAUCCCCAGGCUGGCAGGGCACCCCCAAUCCCUCCCAGUGAGGACUGAUGCCCUCUCAGGGUUCCCAGUACUGGAACCCCCGGGUCAGAGGCGGCUGCAGGAGCGACUGGAUGCGCCCACCUUAGGUCUGGCUGCCGCUAUCCUGCCCAAGGCCUCCACACCGAGCUUGGCCCUCUUCCAGCUCUCGGCAGCAGGGGAUGUGUUCUGCCAAAGCCUGCACCUCCGCGAGGGUGAGCCCGGUCCCGAGCCCCACGACCCCGCCACUUCCUGGACCCCCCAGGCCACCACCUGCUGCUGCCGCUGGCUGGACUCCACAAAAUGCCCCUUCACCGCAUGA